GCAAAAGCGUCAAACAUGUCGGAAAAACAGCGGACGCUUCCGCCGUGGAUGACGACAAAAGAUGUUAAAGUCAAAGAGAAGACGCCAUUGAAGACUCGGAGGAAGAAGAAAGCUGCAAGAGCUACUUUGUACUGCAUGAACGAAGCGGAGCUGGUGGAGGCGGCUGUUUCAUGUCUUACCGACGACUCCUGCGACGGUGUGACGUCUCCUGUUCACCAGCAGGUUGAAAAGCAGGCAAAGGACACCUCAACACCCAAAGUGAAACUCAGUGUCUCACUGAUGACAGCGAAGCCUUUGGCAGAGAUUUUGGAGGACGAGUCCUCGGACCGUUCUGUUGAGCUGGAAUAUGUUUCAGAAACGGACUUGGACGUUGCAGAGGUUGAAACUCUCCCGUAUGCCACAAACCUGCAGCAUCCUGAGGCAGAGAAGAGAUCAGGAGCAGCUCAGGGUUAUGGUGGACCCAUAAACACUGAUCUGAACGCUGUAAAAGAAACAAAACGGACUCCAGAAGGUGCAACAGAAGAGGACGAUGCUUUACAGCUUGUGCGGGAAAUUUUUUUUACUUGAUCAAGCUGAAAGUUCGUUUUUGUGGCAAAUUUUAAACUUGUUUUAAAGACUAGUGCAGCUCAAGAUUGACAUUUACAAGAGAUCAGUCUGUAUUUGAGCUAAACACAACUCCUCGGUUAAAAAAAAAAAAGGUUUUGUCUGUUUACUAA